AGGAACAAGUGAGUCCUCCUCUACUGUAACUGUGCUGGCUGGCUGGAUACCAGCCUCAUUACUACUCCCUGUGUGUCUGUCUCCCUCUAGUGCUCCCUCUAGCUAUCUCUCUUUGCAUCUCUGUUGCUGCUGUGUUGGAGUGGGUAUCAUGCCAGCAAACCGACUCCUUACAAAUCACAGCGGGUCAAUCGAGAACAAAAACGGACCCCGUGGUCAACCGGUCCACUGCGAUCCGUCUGGCCACUUUAUUAGGAACGGUACCCACUACCGGGUCGUGCCCCUGGAUAUCCCAAACGUUUUCGACAUGCUUCAGAAAAUAAUUCCCAUCUGCUUUUGCGCGCCUUAACAGCGUGGUUCGAAAUGUUGGUUUGGACCGGUGGUUCCCUUACAGACUCCACAAGGUGUCGGAAGCACCGCGGCUCCCAACCAAGCAGAGAAUGGACGGUGGAAGGCCAGUCGAGGAGGAGCGGAGAGGGUGUAAGGAGACGCGAGGGAUUGGAGGUAGGAGGAGGCAGUGUUGGGGAAGAAGAGUUAACUAAAGCCAACCAUUGUGAGUAGAAUUUGAAGUUUGCAAACCGUGGGUAUUUAUUUUCCCCGCGUUUGUUGCGACUGACCGUGUGAUGCUCUCUUGAAUUGCAGUUCUAUUUCCUCGCCACUGGGUGGCAGCAUUGCUCCGAGCCUGCACUGAGCAGAGCAUAUUUGUAAAAAUCUGACAUAGAAAAGUGGAUUCUGACAUUUUUCAUAAUAUGUACAUUCACGGCACGUGUUUUUAUACGGGCACACAUACAGCACAUUCAACACUGCAUUGUCGAUGUUUGAUUCGCAAGACCGAGGUCCUAUUGGAAGUGACUCUGCAGCAGCAGUCGUGGUGCAUAGAUCUGCCCUACAAGCCAGCCAUCGGAUCUAUGCAAAUUAUGUAUUGCGUUUCUCCUUUUUGAUUCGUUAAUUGUGUGCGCCAAUUGGGAGCAAGUAAUUACAAUCGCAUGUUUUUAUCCAAUCGGAGUUUUUGUUGACGGUGUACAAAUGUUGUAUACAAGUAUUGCUUUGACACAUCAGUUCCUUGUAAUCACCACCAGGUGGCAGCAUUGAUCUUUAACAGUGCGCAUCUCUCUGGGGUCCGGUUUGGAGACGGGGUCCGGUUUAAUUCUGGUGUCUCCUUGCUUAUUUGGAAACUGCCUGCUUUUAAAAUGUUAUCAAUGGUAAAACAGUUAUGGAAAUAAUUUAAGAUUGGUGCAGAAACCUGUGUGAGGCUCUUCACUGGUUGGUUGAUGUUAAUAUAUGUCGUUUUAAAGACGGCAGGUUUCAUUCAGAACAGCAUAAUAUAUUUAUUUUUAUAUUUCCACGGGCCAACAUGUAAAACUAAAAUAUCCACAGAAACGCCCGGAUGUUCUAGUUGCACCCCUUUCAUUGGAAGACUCGUGGUAAUUCCAGUGGAUGAGACUACACCAGUUAGGGUAAAAACUGCUGGAAAUUUACACUGACCAUCUUUUACAAAAAAAACCCAUUCCAGUUCACACACAUUGCCUUACUGCAAGCACACCUUGCUGUGAACAUGCACAUCAAGUUAACCAUCCAGUGGUAACAUGUAUUUAAUCGUGGUUAUAUCGAGCCCUUCUAAAUGUAUUUAUUGAGGAAGAAGUUGUGUUUUUUUGGGUAUUUUUAUUAUAAAUUGAAUCAUGUUCUCAGUAGGUGAACAUAAUUUGCUACAUUAUUUUUUCUUAGCUGUGAAAUGUUGUUCUAGAUGAAAGUUUGUUUUAAUCGGUUGCUUUUUAAAAUCUAUAAGAAGUAACGGCACAGAAGUAUUUGUGUUGUGUAAAUGUGGGCAGUGGAAUCACUAACACACCCUCCUGUGCAUUUCUGGAUGGAUUUCAGUUUUAUUAAUGCUGCAUAAUAAAACAUAGCAAACGCUAAGACUGCGUUAUCAUUGUAAGAUGCCUCCUUUAUUGACCUGUCUUAAAAUGCAGCAUGUCUUGAUAAAUGGGGGCAGGUUUGAAGAGUGGAGAUUACUGCAGUAAAUCAGACACCUUCCCUAGACAUGGCAAAGGGGAUUAACGACUCGGCACGCCUCUGUUUAUAAGUGAAGGAAAAUAAAAUCAGAUUAUGGGUCUCGUGAUUAUCGUGCUGUGUGGGAGUUUAAAGAAGUGACAAACAGCACUUCGUUAUGAUGGCGUUAUGUUGAAAAUGAAUCUGUUUAAUAAUCCUGGAAGCGCUCCGGGGAGAGGGAGUCAGCGAUGAUGUAGAGCCCCCCUCGGCCAUCUCCAUCCCCUGGUCCCUGCUAAAUGGCUUUCAAAAUCGGUUAAGCCUUCAAAGCUGCUGGCCCCCGGCCUCCCAUUAGCACUUAAAGGGGCUCUGAAGUGCAUUUACAAACUUUAUCGUAAUCCCCUUGCGUCUUGAGACUCGGGCACAGAGAACCGGUCCGUGAUAUAAAAAGAGGAGUCGUGUGACUGGACCCGGAGUCCAGCGAGAGCGCAGAGAAGAGCGAGCGAACAGCAACACGAUCAAAAACCAGUUUGAUUGCGACCAUGGAGAGCAGACUGCUGCUGACGACCCUGGCCCUGGCCCUGGUGGUAGCUUGGGUCGACCCCUGCCAGUCCCUGGACGAGGGCUCAGAGCCUCUGGAAACUUUCCAGAUCGACCAGCAGGACCGGACCUUCGCCCAAUGGCUGCUGGAAGCCUUGGACAGCGAGGGGCAUCCCUCCCCGGGGGCUGAGCGGUUGACUGCUGUGCUGCGCUCCCUGAUUCACGGACCCCAGCGCUCUGGCAGGAGCCCUUCAGCCCUCCACCAGCCUCAGAGGUUUGGCCGGGAUGCCAGGGGAGCUGUGGGUGGCGAGGAGCUGGUAGAGUCUCGCGGCAGGGAGGCCAUCCCGGCACAGUUCUGGAGCCUGGCGGUGCCACAGAGAUUCGGAAAGAAGUAAACCCAAACAGGCACCAAUCCGGGAUACUUGGCAAAACAGAAAUUCAGUUCAUUCCCAAACACCCUGCUCAACACGCUGUAACCAAUAAAACUCCUCGGCUGA